GAACACACACACGCACGAACACACACGCACGAACACACACACACACACACACACACACACACACACACACACAGGACUAAUCAAUGAAGUCUGAUGAGCUGAGAGGAGCUGCAGCCUGAGGAAGUCUGGACCAGACUACCAGAAUAAGAGCCCGGCGGCGGGGGGGUCCUAGAGGAGGCUGAUGGGAGAGUCUCGGCUCAUCGUGGAGGAGCUGCUGGCUCUCUGUCUCCAGAGGAUCACCAUGGAGGAGGACACUGUGGACAGCGAGCGGGGUGAGACGUCCUCACUGAUCCAGGAUCACUUUACAGAGUUCGUUCAGGUGGUGAAGAACUUCGAGGCGGUGAGGAAGCGCUGGCUUCACGCCGAGCUGGAGCUGAAGAAGUACAAGGAGCUGCUGGUGAAGUCGGACGUGUCCAAAGCUGCUCUGGAGGUCAAACUGAAGCACGCUCGCAACCAGCUGGACGUGGAGAUGAAGAAACGCUACAAGAUCGAAGGCGACUACCAGUACCUGCAACGGCAGAUGCAGCUCAUGUGUGACAUCCUGGUCCACGACAGUAAAUCCAGCGCCUGUCUGAACGACGAGCAGAAAUCUCUGUUGGCCACGUUUGAACACAAAGGAGGAAACGUGACUCAGCACCGGAGCAGCAGACGGCUGUGUGUGAUUGACGAGUCGUCUUUCCUGUCUCACUCUGACAUCAGCUACGAUCGGACGGACGACGACGUGGAUCUGGACACGACUCUCAUCAAACCGCUGAGAUCUCGAGCCAGAGAGAAGAGGCGCUCGUCGUUGGGACCGGCGGGUGCCGCUCCGGUUGGGAGGCGAGGGAGAAGCAUGAACGUGUCUUCAGAUCUGCUGGACAGAAAAACUGUAGAGGAGGUCGACGUGAUGGUGAAGACGUCGACGGUGACUCCUGAGACCAGAGGUCAGAUCCACAUGGUGACCCCCGAGACCCCGGUCCAGCCCCUCAGCCAGGAGUGUGCUGGUUCAGCCGGAGGAGACCAGACCUCGGUGUGGUUUCUCGGUGAUGAGACGACGGUGGAACCUGAAACCGAAACAAAGAUGGAGGACAGUGUCGCCGUCAGACCGUCUCACGGCUGCAGAGCCGAGAAAACCCUGAAACACAAUUUCCUUUCUAAAACCGUGAUCCGGCCGGAGAUGUGCUCGCCAUGCGGGAAGAGGAUCCGCUUCGGGAAGGUGGUGAUGAAGUGCAGAAACUGCCGAGCGGUCGCUCAUCCGGAGUGCAAACAGAAACUAAGCGAAGGCUGUUCGGCUGCCGCCAAGACAGGAAGUUCAGCUCAACAGAACUCGUUGGAGGGUUUUGCUCCAGUGAACCCUCCCAGAGUUCCUCAGCUGGUUGUGGAGUGUGUGGCUGAGAUCGAGAGGAGAGGGCUGGAGGAGAGAGGCCUGUACAGAGUUCCUGGAGGGGAGCGUCUGGUGAAGGAGCUCAGAGACCGGUUCCUCCAGGGGAAAACACCACUGAUGCUCAGUAAAGUUCACGAUGUUCACGUUCUGUGUGGACUUCUGAAGGACUUCCUGAGGAAACUGAAGGAGCCGCUGAUCACCUUCAAACUGCACCGCACCUUCAUGGAGGCUUCAGAGCUGGCUGAUGAAGACAACAGCGCCGCCAUCUUGUAUCAGGCGUUAGCGGAGCUGCCAAAGGUCAACAGUGACACGCUGGCGUUUCUGAUGCUUCACCUGCAGAAGGUGACGAGGAGUCCUCCGUGUCAGAUGGACCAGAACAAUCUGGCCCGGGUGUUCGGACCGACUCUGGUGGGACACGGGAUGUCUGAGCCGACUCCGUCCACCAUCAUGAGAGACACCAACACUCAGCCGAAGGUUGUCUGCCGUCUGUUGUCGCUCCCUGAAGCCUACUGGAGACGUGUCCUCGCUGUCCACACGGACAAGACCUCGUCCUCCACCGCUACGACCUACAGCCAGGAUGGUGGACACGGUCGGUUGUUUAAGCCUCUGACGUCUCCAGAGUUGAACAGCUUCUACAGAACUCCCAGCAGAGGAACUCUGAGAGUCCAGAUCAGGAACCAGACCAGCGGUCAAACAGAACCAUGGAGGAGGUUCUUCACUUCACCCAGCUGAUCCACGGACCUGCUGACCAGAACCCAUCCAGACUACAUACACGUCUGGGGGACAACAGAAGCAACCUCCUGAUAUCAGCUGCCAUAAAUUUGUCAAAUGAAAUCUGUCAGCUGUAACUCU